AUGGACGGCAAGCAACGCCUCACGAGUAUCAAACUGUUCCUCGAUGGGGUAAUCCCUUGGUACAUCAAGCCGAAGCAGCCGCUGUUUUUCAAGCAAUCCGAUCCGCCGCAGCCGUCAAGAAAGCUCCUUACGGAGGAGCAGCAAGAGAUAUUCCUUGCUCGUGGGCUGACUGCUGCGAUGUACAACCAGCUAACCGAGCUUCAAGAGCGGGAUAUAUUCAGACUCGUCCAGGAGGGCAAACCUCUGACUGCGGGAGAGAAAAUGCACGCCUCUUCCGGCCCUUGGGGAUGCUAA